AUGUCAAGUGAUACUAUUGAUUCCACGAGGCCUCAUGCCAUUCACAAAGUGUUCGAGGAGCUUGGCCUCGUCUCGCUAUAUCAAUCGACCAAAGACAUCAAGAUCCUUUGUGUCCAGAGGUUUAUUCGACUUUUUGCGUAUGGCGCAUCAACGCUGGUCCUCGUCGCCUUCCUUCGCGAACUCGGCAUAUCAACCACUCGUGUCGGUUUAUUCAUGACCCUGACACUGAGUGGCGAUAUCGUCAUCAGCUUCCUACUUGCGCUGUUCGCUGAUGGCGUCGGUCGACGAGCUGUGCUGGCUUUGGGGGCGAUCCUAAUGACCGCGAGUGGAAUUGUGUUUGCAACUUCUAGUAAUUACUGGAUUUUGCUUGCUGCUGCCAUUCUAGGUGUAAUUAGUCCUGGUGGUAACGAGAUUGGCCCUUUUCGGGGCGUCGAAGAGAGUAUAGUUGCACACCUGACUGAUCCAGCCAAGCGUGGCGAUGUCUAUGCUUGGUACAGUCUUUCCGGUACUGCUGGUGGUGCCUUUGGCCUGUUGACAUGUGGCUGGGCUAUCCACCACAUGCGUGUCAGCCUCAAUAUGGAUGUCAUCGACAUCUACCGCACAGUAUUCUAUGGAUACUCGGCGAUUGGAGUAUUGAAGUUGAUAUCGGCAGUCAUUCUCAGUGCGGCAGUAGAAGUCCAUGAUGAACCCGAAGAAGAGCCAUUGGCUUCAACCGCAGAGGAUACUGAGCAGGCUCCUCUACUUCCAGCAGCACCCCAGAAUGAGAGCCAAGCUGCGCCAAAGAAGAAGAAGCUACUAGCUCGAGUAUCGCGCGAGAGCCUCCCAACUGUUGUGACCCUAUGCACGCUGUUUGCACUAGAUAGUUUUGCCUCUGGACUUGCUCCUCUUUCAUGGAUCACUUACUACUUCAAAUCUCAGUACCAUAUUGAGGAAGGAAAGCUUGGUUCCAUCUUUUUUACCACCAGCAUUAUUGCCGCUGGAUCUGUGCUGGUUGCAUCAUCCCUUGCGAAGCGUAUUGGUAACGUCCGAACCAUGGUCUUUACUCACAUACCAUCUGCUGUGUUUCUGGCCUUAAUUCCUAUUCCCAACGAUGUCCAUUUAUCGGUUCUAUUCCUCGUGCUUCGGUCCUGCAUCCAAUCCAUGGACAUCGCACCACGCGCCGCAUUCCUUGCUACUAUCAUACCAUCAAAAGAGAGAACGGUUGUCAUCGGCCUCAUCAACGUGGCCAAGACUACUUCUUCGAGCUUGGGACCGCUAAUCACUGGCCUACUCGCAGAUUCUAAUUACUUUUGGGUUUCCUUCAUUAUGGCUGGAUCUCUCAAGGUUUGUUAUGACCUGGGUUUCCUUGCUCUCUUUAAGCAUCGCGAGCACGCAGAGGCAAAACGCCACGAUGAGCAAGAGUGA